AUGACAUCCAGAGAUAAUCCUCCUACAUUUUCAGGUGGCCACUCUCCCAAGCUCCACAACGAGCCUCUACUUGGACGACGAAUUGAUGAUGAAAGACUAGGUGUUAUACAGUUUGUUUCCUUGUCUUUUCUCACAUUGGCCGCCAUUUUCCCAAAUCAAGCGGCAUAUAUUGUUGAUCAUUGGGGUGAUCCUAGCAAGACAGCUCAAGGUCUUCUGCAUUGGCCAACAGACUUCUCUCGAGACAUCCAACCAGUACCAUGCCAUUCGCACAACGAUUAUUGGCGAAAAGUGCCAGUGUAUAGCGCUCUCCAAGCUGGAUGUAUUGGUGUUGAAGCGGACUUAUGGUUGGUGGAUGACGACUUAUACGUUGGACACUCCACGUCAGCUCUUACCUCCAAUCGUACCUUCAGAAGUCUUUACAUCAACCCACUACUAGAUAUACUUACCAAACAGAACCCAACAACCAAGUUCCAUCCUAACCGUGACUCAACACUGAACGGCGUCUUCGAUACCGAUCCCGCGCAAACGCUAGUAUUACUCAUAGACUUCAAAAGUAAUGGUCACACCCUCUGGCCAUAUGUUCAAGCUCAACUAGACCCACUUCGACAGGCCGACUACCUCACAUAUUUCGAUGGCACAUCCAGGAUAGAAAGACCUAUUACGGCUGUUGCAACAGGGAACGCACCAUUCGACCUUCUCACCUCCAACUCUACAUAUCGUGACAUAUUUUUCGAUGCCCCGCUCGAUAAAAUGUCCGUGGAAGUUCCAUCGUCCGGCCAGGAAAGCAAGCAAGGCGCUUCCGGCAAUGCCCCAGCAGAUGCUUCAUUAUACAACCCUACCAACUCCUACUACGCCUCAACCAGUUUCGAUGCUUCCAUAGGCACGGUCUGGUCACACCCGAGCACCAUCCAGCUUGAGAACAUUCGCGCCCAGGUCAGAGGUGCCCACAAUCAAGGCCUAAAAGCACGAUAUUGGGAAACACCCUUCUGGCCCAGAGGAUUACGGGAUCAUGUGUGGAAUGUGUUGAUAGAGGAAGGUGUAGACAUUUUAAAUGUAGAUGAUCUCAAGGCGGCCACGCAAGGGACUUGGGGGAAAUGGAGGUGA